GUUGGCCGUGCUACAGAUAACAACGAAUCAAAAACAUGAAACUGGCAAUAAGUAUAGGAGUGGCCGCUCUGGUACGUUUUCUGCUGAUGAACUCUCGCUACUCCCAAGGGAUACAGAACCGGGUGGAAGUUUCCACCCCAAUAAACGCAUGGAAACGAGUCGAGGAAGGUGCAUACCUAUACGCGAACGGUAUCAAUCCAUACAAUGGCGAUGUGUAUCAUAAAAAUCCCAUCAUCCUACAUGCUUCCCGCUGGCUGCUAGAUAAUGUCCCAAGUGCCAUACCAGCCCUGUUCAUCCUGUUGGACUUACUUACCGGCAUGCUGCUACUGCUCGCCGCCCGUGUAUUCAUCCGCGAAAUGUACGAAAAACAACGAAAAGAAAAGGAUACGUAUGCAAAGGACACGGAAGAGUUGCAUCUGGUCGUUGCUGAUCUGCACACGGUACCGAUGUCCGUUGGGUUUGCUUACCUGUUCAAUCCGUACACGAUUUUAAACUGUGUCGGCCAGACGACGACCGUGUGGAGCAACUUCCUGCUAGCUGCGUUCCUUUACGGACUGUCGCGUCGACAGCGACUGUUAAGCUUUCUGGCGCUUGCACUCGAAACGCAGAUCAAUCUGUAUCCGUUUGUGUUACUCGCACCGGGAGCACUGCAUAUUGCCAAUCACCAAACGGGUAAUGGUAGCAGGCUCAACAGUAUAGCGAGUAGUUGCGUGUUGUUUUUAGGUUUAUUUUUGGGAGUAAAUUACUUCGGUAGCUUUCUGAUGGGUGGUGACUGGAGUUUCCUUGAUGCUACGUAUGGCUUCAUCAUCAACUGCCGCAGUUUGCAGCCUAAUAUCGGCCUGUUCUGGUACUUCUUCACCGAAAUGUUCGACCACUUCCGGACGCUGUUUUUAUACUCGUUCCAGAUAAAUGCCACGUUGCUGUAUCUAUUCCCGCUCACGUUUAAACUGCACAAGGAACCGAUCAUGCUGGCCACGAUGCUUAUUGGACUGGCGGCCGUAUUUCGGUCGUACCCGUGCGUUGGCGACGUUAGCUUCUAUCUCGCCCUUAUACCGCUCUGGAAAUCGAUCUCCAUGUUCAUGAAGAACAAUUUCAUCGUGGGAGCAACGAUGCUGGUCACGAGUGUGCUGGCCCCGACCGUGUGGCAUCUGUGGAUCUACAACAAUUCAGCAAACGCCAACUUUUACUUCGGUGUGACGUUAAUUUUCUGCACUGCACAGAUUUUCCUCAUAACCGAUCUGUUCUUUGGGUACAUUAAGCGAGAGUUUUGCCUAAAGCACGGCAUCCGUGUGCUGGUAGACGGAAAAGAGGCCCGUAUUACGUUAGAGUAUUAGAAGGAA